UACGAGUCAUUUGUGUUUAUUUUUGGUUCUUUGCCCCCACCAUCGUCCCCAAAAAGCUGUGCAAACCCCUUUUCGAUUUCGCCUCUUUUGGGUAUCGAAUUCGCGGAUCGAAUCAAUGGCGGGUGCGGGAAACAAGAUCAGAAACGCGAAAUUAGUUCUUCUUGGAGAUGUGGGAACUGGGAAGUCUAGUCUGGUUUUGCGCUUUGUGAAGGGCCAAUUUGUCGAAUUCCAGGAGUCGACAAUAGGCGCGGCAUUUUUCUCACAGACAUUGGCGGUGAAUGAUGAGACAGUGAAGUUUGAGAUUUGGGAUACGGCAGGACAGGAGAGAUACCAUAGCUUGGCCCCCAUGUAUUACAGGGGAGCUGCUGCAGCCGUAGUUGUGUAUGACAUAACAAAUGCGGCUUCAUUUACACGCGCAAAGAAAUGGGUUCAAGAACUUCAAGCUCAAGGUAAUCCAAACACAAUAAUGGCUCUUGCUGGAAACAAAGCUGAUUUGUUAGAUGCUAGGCAGGUGUCCGCAGAGGAAGCCCAGACCUAUGCGCAGGAGAACGGUCUCUUUUUCAUGGAAACUUCUGCUAAAACAGCAAUCAAUGUUAAUGAUAUAUUCUAUGAAAUUGCAAAGAGAUUGCUUCAAGGGCAACCAGCGGCGCAGAACCCUCAAGGAAUGACUCUCAAUCAGAGACCGACCGAGAGAUUGGUCAAUGCUUCUUCCUGCUGCUCAUAAAAUGUAGUACCGACGACUCGUUACAGUCAAAAUUCGUGGUAGUGAAAUGUUCAAAGAGGUUUUACUCAGCAGACUCUCUCCUGGUUUCCGUAUGAAUAUACCGCGGUGGUGCUAUUUAGUGUUGCAUUUAUUUUGCUGUAAAUGUGAAUUAUAGUUUACUAUGGUGAAAUUAUUGGCAUGUUAUAUUAGUUUGAAUCUAUCUCUAAAUUUAUCAUUGGUAGUUUCUUGUGGUGA